AUGGAAGACUUGGACGAUCACACGCCUGAUGAGAUUUACUGCGAUCGUCAAGUAUUUGACAUUGAUUUUCAUCCAUUAACAAACAUUGUUGCUGUAGGCUGCAUCGAUGGUAUUGUGCAAAUUUACAAGUACUCGGAAGAGACCAAUUCGAAGGUUUUAGAGCUGAAAAAUCAUCAAGAAGCUGUGCGAGCGCUAUUUUUCGCUCCGGAUGGACAAACUCUGUAUACAGCAUCGGCUGACAAAUCUAUUCGUGCUUUCGACACGCUUGGAAAUCCAACGUGGGCGGAGAUGCGAGCGCACGACCACCCAGUAAACCGUCUUCACGAGCUAUCGGCAAAUGUAUUUGCAAGCGGUGACGACCAAGGGUGCAUCAAAAUCUGGGACACACGGCAGCAUCGCUGUCUGGCAGAGUUCAAGGAGCACACGGACUAUAUUUCUGGUUUCGCGACGAACCCAGCGCAGGACCAUUUACUAGCAACGAGUGGCGAUGGACGUUUGACCGCCUACGACUUGCGUAAGAAUGUCCUUGCAGGCAAAAGCGACGAGCUCAACGAUGAACUGCUAUCUGUCGCAGUGAUUAAAAACGGCCGAAAGAUUGUAUGCGGCUCACAAAAUGGUGUGCUGGUGAUUUUCAGCUGGGGUACCUGGGGAGAUAUGUCCGACCGUUUUCCUGGCCACCCAGACUCUGUUGAUGCUCUGCUUAAGGUAGAUGAAGAUACCGUACUCACGGGAUCAAGUGAUGGCAUUGUUCGUGUGGUGCAGCUUCACCCAAACAAACUUCUGGGACUGAUUGGCGAUCACGAAGACUUUCCCGUGGAAAACCUAAAGUUGUCUUAUGACAAAAAAAUCAUUGGUAGCGUCUCGCACACCAACAAGGUGCACUUCUGGGAUGUCGGAUAUCUUUUCGAGGAAGAUGAUGGUGAAGAAGGUGACGCAGCGAAUGAAAAUGAGGAGAAGUCUCUUGCCAGAAUUCCCAUGGAUGCUGACAUGCAGGAUGCCGAUAGUGACAGCGAUAGUGAUAGCAAUGAUUCCUCCGUGGAAAACAACUUGGCUGGAGGUCGUCGGGUAAUCCCUACGGCCAACGAGAAGUUCUUUUCGGACUUGUAA